ACGUGACUCUGCCGUCAGAUCUGGCCCGUUCCUCCGGCUCCUCGGUGCUGAAGGACGUCACGGCAGAUCCCCGGAGCUCGAGCGGAGCAGCGCUGCGUGUGUAUCGGGAGAUGCUGCACAUCUACGAGAAGCUGCAGGCGGAGCGGCUCAGUCAGCAGGUGUGGGCGGCAGAACUGUGUGAGCGAGAGCGUGAUGUCCAGCGGAGAGAAAACACACUCGUGCAGCAGCAGGACAGCGCUCACAGACUCCGAGUCCUGGAGGAGGAGAUGCUCAGACGAGUGCAGCAAUAUCAGCGAGAGACACAUGAGCUGGAAGCUGCGCUCAAGCAGAAGAACAAAGACAAUAAGAGGAUGAAGUCCAGCUUUGAUUCCAUGAAGGAAUUAAAUGAUUCUAUGAGGAAACAGAUUAACGAGGUCAGUGAGCAGAACAGGAAGUUGGAAUGUCAGUCUCAGAAAGUUCAAGCUCGGCUGGAGAACCUGCAGAGAAAGUACGAGUCGUUCACGACACACAGGGGCCGAGAAACUGCUGUUCCCAAAGCCUGCAAACCACAAAAUCCUCCGUCAAGUAAAGCAGCCGGAAAGGCCGCUGUCCUCGGGCCGUCAGCGAAGCUGCUGGCGGUUCUGUUGGAUUGGGUCGUGGACGGUCAGCUCGCAGAGGUCAGAGACGGGUCAAACCUCACGAACACGGACACACUACGCCCUGCACUGCAUGAGAGAUGUGCCAAGGCGCUGCCUGUGCUGGUGGAUCAUCUUCAUCAGGCGUCUGUGAUGGAGUCGUCUCUCCUGCUGUCUCUGAUCCGCUGUAUCUACUGUUGUCUGAUGCUUCUGGAGCGCAGCACACAGCACGCUGUCCUGACGUCCACGCUGAGGAGGCUGGGUGACGAGGUGUCUCGAGGGUCAUGUGACCCGGCUCGCCCACUGUUUAAGAGCUCCUGUCUUCACACACGCUUUCUGUGCAGCCUCAUCAUCAUUAAAACCGUCAGUCAAGUGGACGUUCUGGCUCAGGCUGUAGACGUGCUGUCAUGUGCGGUGCGGACCGAUGAAGGACAGGCGCUGUUCCUGGAGUACCGGGCUCUGCCGGUGGUUCUGGUUCUGCUGAGAGGAGGGAGUCCGGGUCUGCUGGCUCGGUCCACAGCGGUGCUGACACAGAUGAGCUCAGAGUCACGGUCGCUGUCGGCUUUUCUGGAUCAGUGCAGCACUGAAGAUUUCUUCCGCUGCGCCUCGGUGUUCCUCCGUAACCCUCGCGUGGAGCCGUCGCUGGUGGAGAAGAUGCUCAUGCUCCUCCAGAAGCUCUCCAGUAUCCGGAAGAACAAGCGUCUGUUUGAAGUGUCGUCGCUGCAUUUGCUGCUGCAGGAGAUGCACCGAACCGCUGACCGUUCUCAAACCUUCCUCAUCAUCAACCUGAGCUCCAUCCUGCUCAAUCUGGGCAUGCUCACACGCUCAUAACACACUCAUAACAUGUUGCCCAUUGUGCUGAAUGCCGUCUUUCACACUGAACUGGAUGAUUACACCAUCAAGCUCCUAAAAGGACGUUUGCAGUCGUAUCACAGAUCUGAGAUCUGGGUGUGAUGCUGUUAUGAUACUCUGAUAUUCUGCCAAACGCUGUCUUUUGUGUUUCACAGAAGAAAAUCUUAUGUAGUGCAAUUUUAUUUAUUUUUGUAUACAUUGAAAUAAUGAAUUAAACUGGUCUCUGAUUAGAUUA